UUUUGGGACAAACAGGAAGAGCUUCUUUUUCCACACUGGACAAAAAACCCACGAUUAAAAAAAACCGAAGUUUAAGUGGAAGCUUGUCUGUUUUCUUCUUUCUUUUUUUCAAGACAAGUGGAAAAAAGUGUCCGCUGAAUAGGGAAUUUAACCAAGAAGAGGAUUACAACAAACCGUUUUAACGUGUUGAUAUUGAAACAUAGGAAAGACCCCUUCUUAUCUGACCCGGUUUUGUCUUUAAGUGUCUUCGAAUUCUGAGUAGGAAAAGAAAAAGCACACACCAGAGUAUUCCCGAUCAAGUCUCUCUUUCUGUCUGUCUGUCCCGUCAUACAUAUUUUUUUGUCCUGGACGUUUAGCUUAUACACGGACAACACAACAGAGUCAAUCACAAGGAGUAUACCAUAACGAACGGAUUCUUCAUACCACACAUCUGACUGACUGAUCUACUUGCUACGUAAUGGAUCUCAGACAGUUCACCACGACUCCGAACAACUUUGAACGGGAGAGACGUCCAUCAACUUCGUCCAUGUCCUCUGCGCAGUCUGGGUACUCCUUUGCAGGUAACCAACCGACCCCAGGAAGAGGAUUUGGCGGACAAAGCCGCUAUUUUGGCCAGACCCAGACCCAGGGACAAGGACAAGCACAGGGACAAGUCCAUGCUCAUCAACAGGCCUGGUAUCAACAGGGAGGUUCUCUAAACGUUACCCCCUGGAUUGAACAACAACAACAGGUUUCUCAAUCCUCAACCACGAGCUCUAUUGAGAACCAGAACUUUGUCAACUCGUACGGAUCCAACCUGAAUGGCCCUGGUUACAUCGGCCAGUACCAACAACCGCAGCUUAGUGGUGGACACUCACAGUCCGUACAGGCGUCGUUCGAUCCUCAGUCGCAGCGUCCAUCGCCAAGUGUUUCAAGCGUUGUUCCACACAGCGUGACUGGAUUGAACCAAACCAACAACAAAGCAGACUCGGAAUCUGGAAAGAACGAAAUCAAUAACGAAUCUAAUGAUAAUGAUGCAAAUGCAAACAACAACACCGAUGAUGACGAUGAACUAAUCCCUACGGCAAUUGUGAUCAAAAACAUCCCAUUUGCCAUAAAGAAGGAACAGCUGUUGGAAGUUAUGACAAAGUUGAACUUGCCAUUGCCUUAUGCCUUCAACUACCAUUUCGAUAAUGGGGUAUUCAGAGGAUUGGCUUUUGCAAAUUUCACAUCCACUGAUGAGACGACAACAGUUGUGACUCAGUUGAACGGUCGUGAAAUUGGUGGCCGUAAGUUGAGGGUGGAGUAUAAGAAGAUGCUUCCACUGGCAGAACGUGAAAGAAUUGAAAGGGAGAAGCGUGAGAAACGUGGGCAGUUGGAGGAGCAACACCGCUCCAAUUCAAGUGCCUCUUUGGCUUCGAUGAUCAGUAUCUCAUCUGCUCCAGCAGGCCAGCAGAAGGAUAUCUUGCCUCAACAAGCUUCUCAGCAGGUUGGUGUCGCAUCCCAAGGACAGCAGCAACAGCAAACCUAUCCACAACAACUCACUCAACAGCCUUUGCAAGAGCAGCAUACCGGUUCUGAAAGGUACUAUGCGCCAAUCCCAUUUGUCAACAACUUGCCAUUGCCUCCAUCCCAAGUGGACUUUAACGACCCUGAAACUUUGGAGUUUUAUUCACAGCUGUUGUUCUUUAAAGAUGGUGAAAGACAAUACAAUGAAAUUGCAUACCCUGCGACGCUUUCUCCGAACCACAAGAGAAUUGUAACCAUAUUGGUACAGUUCUUGGGAUUGGUUGAAUCUUACGAAAACAACUUCAUUUUGAUCAAGAGACGUGGAACAAUUCAUGAUCCUUCGCCUCUAUUAAGAUCCCAAUCCCAUUCUGCAAUUCCUCUUCUAUCUCAACAACAAGCUGCUGCCGCUGCUGCUGCCCAACAGAACCAAAGAUUUAGACAGACGGCGAUGCCACAACAAGGAGCAAGUCGUAUUCCACCAAACUUCAACCUUGGAGUAUCCCAAACUAAUAACGCUUUGUCCACUGCAGCGUUACUGAGAAAUAACCCUACUCCAACCAGGGUUAUGCCAUCACUGUACAACAACCCUGGAUCUUCUAAUGUGUUGUUCUACCAACAACAGCAACAGCAACAACAACAACAACAGCAGCAACAGCAGCAGCAUCAGUCUCUUGGCCAACAUCAGCAGGGUCAACAGUUCCCACAACAGGGUCCACCCUCAGCCACGCAGUCUCAACCAACAACACCGGGGUUAGAAGGCAUGUCUCGUUUCAACUUGCAAUCCAACCAAUGGGAGGAUCAUUAUAACGGAGCAGCUUCCAAUGUUGAAAACGAGCUGAACGAUGGGCUCAAUGCACUCAAUUUGAAUUUGGACACAGGCUCCAAUAUCUGGGGACCAAGAUCUAUGCAACCGACUGCUUGAGGAAGAGAAUAACGCUUAUAUUCCAUGUUUUUUUCUGUUUUGUUUUGUUUUCUCUUGCUCUUAUGUUGACGCCUUCUCUUCUUUUGACUAUUACGAUAUCAACGUUAUUCAUGAAUGAACACUUCUAUGCUUUUCUUUAAUCAUCACAAGAAAUGUCAAGACCAGAAAACAUGCGGAUACACACACACAAUAAAAACGAAAAAAA